AUGUCUUCAAAUAGCACCGACGCAGACGAAUAUGAGGAUAAUUUCAUUAAUGAUGAUGAUGAUCAUCGAGAGAUCAAGUCACCUUCUACUGUUUAUAGCAGCGAAGGUUGCAUGGUUGGUGCCUAUCCUUAUAGGGAUUCAAUUUAUGAUCUACUCUUGACUGUGAUUGCAGAGAUUAUUCACUCAUAUGAGUUUAUUGUCACGUAUUUGCUGGGUUUACCAUUAGUUGAAGAGAUAUCUAAUAAGAAGAAACAUACGAAUGGCAAGGGCAGCCACAAACGUCUUAGGAAGAAAUUUCAAUUCAGUGAAUUUGAUGGUGAAGAUAAGCUGCAUAUUUCCUUCUCCACCAGAGAGAAUCUGCUGUAA